AUGUCUAGCAGAAAAACACAAAAAUCUGAACUUUGGCCAUUGACGACAACAAAUGAUCCUCCGAUAUGUACACUAGAUGAUCCAGAUAUAAACUUGAAUGAUGUUGAACAAAAAUCAAAGGAUAAAAAACGAAGGAGAAUAGAUAAAACAAUUAAUCUUGAUUCUGGUGAAUUAAUUGAUCGUUAUCAUCUAACACAAAAAUCGAAUCGAGAUAAUUCUGAUGCUCAUCAAUAUUCAUCAGAUGAAGGAGAUCAGCCUCCAUCUCCUUAUUCUCCUGAUCAUGUUUGGCAAGAUGAAGAAGACGAAGAUGAAGAAGAUUUUUGA